GUUCCGGCCCUACAUCUAGUAUUUACUCUUCGUCAGUCCACCUUGCCCAUGCACGGAUAUAUCGUCAAUAUCUCUCUCCUUAAGCGCAUUGUUAUUCUCGCUGAGGUGAAGGUCACAGUAGUAGGCUAUAAACGUAAAAAUAUGUGCCCACGAGAGGUUAUGUUAGCAGAAGAAGCGCUUCUGCAUAGCCUAGGAUUGGUCUUCACAGUGCUCGCCUUCUGGCUUACGCGCCAGCUGAAGUUCAGCAUUGCCACUCGUCAGAGCAAGAUGGACGAAUUUCUACUCUACACUGCCUUUUUCUUUACACUUAAUUAUCUCAUCUCGACAAUCUCGCUAGUGGCUGCCACGGAUACAGAAAAUGCCGUAAGAAAUAGCUUUUAA